AUGGCUAAAGGAAGUGUUCUCGUUACCGGCCGCUGCGGGGUGCGUAUUGGCCGCAUCGCUAAUGUCGCGUCGGGACGCCCGGUCGGAAUUGGUAGAGGAACGGGUUACAUUGGCUCUUUCACCGCUCUUGCGCUCCUGGAGGCGGGCUACGAUGUUGUUAUCGCAGACAGUUUGUAUAAUUCCUCGGAUGAGGUGCUCAAUCGGAUCGAGCUGCUUUGCGGCAAACGCCCUGGCUUCUUCAAGCUGAACGUAACGGAUGAGGCUGCCUUCGACCGCUUGUUCGAGGAGAAUCCCCAAAUCGACAGCGUGAUUCACUUUGCGGCACUGAAGGCCGUUGGAGAAUCCGUCGAGAAGCCUCUGGAUUACUACAAUACCAAUGUCUACGGCACCUUGUGUCUGCUGCACUCAAUGGUCCGCCACAAUGUCACCAAUAUCGUGUUUUCUAGCUCCGCCACCGUCUAUGGAGAUGCGACGCGAUUCGAGAACAUGAUACCCAUCCCGGAAGAAUGCCCACUCGGGCCAACAAACCCGUACGGGAACACUAAGGUCUUCGCCGAAACGGCCAUAACGGAUGUUAUCAACGCCCAGCGUAGCAAUGCGACAAAAGCUGGGAAAACACAAGACGUUGAGAAGUGGAACGCCGCCUUGUUGCGGUAUUUCAACCCCGCAGGCGCGCACCCUAGUGGCAUCAUGGGUGAAGAUCCACAGGGAGUACCGUAUAACUUACUUCCAUUACUUGCACAGGUGGCUACUGGGAAAAGAGAGAAACUUUUGGUUUUUGGUGAUGACUAUGCUUCCCGAGACGGUACAGCCAUUCGUGAUUAUAUUCACAUCCUCGACCUUGCUGCUGGCCACCUGGAAGCCCUUAACUAUCUUCGUGACCACCACCCAGGCGUCCGUGCAUGGAACUUGGGUACUGGCAAAGGCAGCACUGUCUACGAUAUCAUCAAGGGAUUCAGCAAGGCAGUAGGCCGUGACUUGCCCUAUGAAGUCGUUGCUCGCCGUGAUGGUGAUGUUCUUGACCUGACUAGCAACCCAUCUCGUGCCAACCGUGAAUUAGGAUGGAAAGCUCAAAGAACGCUUGAACAAGCUUGCGAGGACUUGUGGCGGUGGACAGAAAACAACCCUCAGGGAUAUAGACAAUCGCCACCAGAAGACCUUUUGGAAAAACUCAAAGCCAGUUCAAAACCCUGA